AUGGGGGCUGCCCCAUUGCGAUUCCUGCUAUUGCUAGCAGUAACAUUUGCAGAAGAGAACGCCGUCUUCAGCGACGACGACAACUUCGUCUCGCCGACGGCGGCGGCGGACGCAACGGAGGCGGCGCUGAAGAGCAGCUCGGGCGGCGCGUCGUCGGCCUGGAGCGAGGCGCUCCAGGCCGCCGUCGCGCGGGAGGCCAAGGCCUGGGCGACGGCGCCGGCGGACGUCGCCGCCGCGACGCGGGACGCGGCGGCGGCCGUCGCCGGCGGCGCGCACGCCGUCGCGGCCUGGCCGCUCCGGGACCCGGCGGCCGCGCUCCCGCUCGGGCGCGCGUUGCCGCUCGACGCGCUCAAAAAGCUCCAACCAACAACCGACACGGUCGCGGUCCCGCUCGGCGAGACGGGCGUCGCGCUCGUCGCCGUCGUCGCCGGGCGCGCCAUGGCGAACGCGACGGUGACCGUCGACGCGCCCGGCGUCGCGUGCGUCGCCUGCGGCGUCCAUUUCGCGGCCGUCGCCGCGGGCGAGCCCCUCGUCGUCGCCCUCGCCGCGCGGGGCCGGCCGCGCGGCGGCGAGACGGCGGGCGCGCUGACCGUGCGCGCGGGCGGCCGCGCCGUCGCGACCGCGCGGCUGACCCUGGAGGCGCCGCCGCCGGCGUCGCCGUGCGCGUUGCCCGCGGCGCCCGCGUCGCGCGUCGCCUGGCUCGCGAGCGCGGCGCCGCGGCGCGCGCCGGCCGCGGAGCCCGUCGACGACCGGAUCAUCGACCUGGGCCUCGGGCGGUCCCUGGCGCUCGCGCGGGGCAAGCGCGCGGGGCUCGGCGUCUUCGCGGCCGUGUCGCGCGGCGGCGCGGACCUCUUCGACGACCGGGGCCUGCGCCUCGAGCUCGCGCCGGACUGCGGCGCCUGGAAGCGCACGUCCGACGUGCUCACGCGCUCCCUGGACGACGGGGCGCCCGUCUUCGUCUGGCGCUGGACAUCCGCGUGCGGCGAGUCGCGCGUGUCCUUCGAGGCGCGCGUCGCGCCGCGGGACGCGCGCGUCGUCGCCGCGGCGACGGUCGAGGCGCCGGCGCCCUGGGACGACGUGAGCGUCGUCGCGUCCUUCCGGCCGGGCGCGGCGCCGCUCGCGGCGGGGCUCGGGCUCCGGAGCGGCGCGCGCGAGAAAAGGCACGCGUGGACGUGGGCGCCUUCUCGCCCCCUCGACGCGCGCAAGGGCUCGCCGCCGGGCAUGGGCGCCGAGGGCUCCGUCUGGGACCAGUUCGCCUGGCUCGGCACCGUGGACCUCGGCGCGAAGCUCCGGCUCCUCUCCGCGCGCGACCGCUCCGCGGGCGACGACGGCGACGGCCCGCAGCUCGACUGGAAGCUGUCGCCGCCCUACCCGGCGGGCUGGCGCCACGGCGGCAUGGGCUGGACGACGGACGACGGCGUCGUCACGCUGCGCGCCUCCGGCGGGCCCGCGGCCAAGCACAAGCGCAGGGGCGUCUUCGGGAGGAAGGGCGCCGCCUCGGCGACGCGGCUCGACUUCUCGUUCGCGGUCACGCCCGCCAGGGCCCUGACCCCGGCGGCCAUCUUCGCGCCGGAGAUGCGGCGCUUCCACGCGAAGCAGUACAUCAACUACCCGUUCCACGACGCGACGAUGCACCGCCUGCGGCGCUACGCCCAGAGCUGCGAGGCCGCGGGCGUCGCCGUCUCGCCCUACUACACGCACCGCGAGACGUCGAUCCACGCGGCGGAGCUCGCGCUCGCGUCCGCGCUCUUCCGGGGCACGGCGGACGCGCCGCUCGCGGCCUACGAGAGCAGGUCGCCCGACGGCAGGCCGCGGACGGACCGCACGCUCGACGCGCGCCUCGGCGCGGGCGACUACGUCCUCGCCUGGCGCACGCCCGUGCGCGGCGGCGGCGCCGGCGCCGGCGCGGCGCCGCACGGCACGGACGACGACGUCGCCGCGUCCGUCGCGGCCGGCGGCGCCUGGCUCCGCUUCUUCCAGCGCGGCGCGCGCCACCUCGCGCUCUGCGGCGGCAUGAAGGGCUUCUACAUGGACGGCAUCUCCGCGUCGCCCGCGGCCAUCGGCGCCGCGCGGCGCGGCGCCGAGCGCGCGCUGUCCAAGGUCGCGAGCAAAAAGAACGCGCCGCACCGAGCGCCCUUCCUCGACCUCCACGCGGCGAACAAGACGGCGGUCUACCUCGAGCUCUACCCCCACAUGGACGCGGUGUGGACCGGCGAGGCGUCGAACUACGAGCUCGGGCCGGACCACUUCCUCGUGGGCGUCGCGGGCGUGCCCUUCGGCCUGCCGAGCCAGAUGCUCAGCGGCGCCGUGCGCAAGCAGCCGCGGCUCUACUACCGGGCGCUCCUCUUCGGCAUGACGGAGCGCGCGGGCUGGUUCGACAGCGACACGUCCCUCGCGCGCCUCGGCGCGCUCUGGGCCGUGGUCGACGCCUUCGAGCUCCGCGACUCCGAGCUCGUGGGCUUCUGGCGCCGCGGCGACGCCCGCUUCGCCGCGACGGCGCCGGGCGACUGCGGCGACCGCGUCAAGCGCACGGCCUUCGUCGUCGACGGCGCCGCCGUCGUCGUCCUCGCGAGCUGGGCGUCGACGCCGUGCGCCGUCGACGUCGACGUCGCGGCGCUCGGGCCGCGCGCGGCCGCGUUCCAGCCGCGCGUGCCCCACCUCCAGUGCGGCGCGCCGGCCGAGGACGUCGCCUCCGGGACGCUGCGCGUCGACGUCGACGCCGGCGGUGGCGCGGUCGUCGUCGCGCACGGGCCCGCGCGCGCCGCGGCCGCGGCGCCGCUCAGCAGCCCCGACAACAGCGUCCGUCGUCCGACCAUGCUCGCGCCGGGCACGGCGCGGCCACGGCCGCGGCGGCCGACGUCGUCCGGCGGCUACGGCAGCCGGCGCCGCGGCGGCGGGUCGACGAACGAGACGCGGGCGCGGCGCGAGGCGGCGCUGAGCGACCAGCCGUGGCAGAGCCCCGGCGUGCUGGCCCUCGUGGGCCAGGCGACGAGCGGGGCCAAGGACGUCGAGCCCAUGCUCAUCGAGGGCCCGCGCGGCACGGCCCUCCGCGCCGUGGGCAGCUCCGACGACCACCGCGUCGCCGGCGACGCGCUCGGGAAAUGCGUCGCGCGCCGCAAGGAGCGCGCGGCGGCGAACGGCGGCAUGGAGGUGCUGCUGCCGCCGCCGCGCGACCUCCGCGACGACCGCGGCCGCGACGGCCUGCCGCGCGUCAAGGAGUACGAGGACGCGCUCCCGGACCUGUCCCUCGGGCGGCCGUCGCGCGCCAAGGCGCGGAGCGACUACAUCUUCGGCGCCGUCUACGAGCACGUCGACGCCUGCGGGCGGCCCAAGCUCGUCGCGUCGACGUCCAUCACGCCCGAGCGCCAGUACCUCGAGGACGGCCGGAGCAGCAGCCAGGUGUCGCGCCUCCUCACGGCCGAGCGCGGCUCGAGCCGCGUCGUCUGGGCCGGCAUCGGCCGCCGCAACGCGGGCGUCGGCGAGGGCGAGAUGGCCGUCAUCCGCCAGGCCGUCGUCGACGACCGCUCGAGCCGCCUCCGCGUCGAGAAGCUCGCGGGCAUCAAGCCCUACUCCGCCCACGGGUGGUGA